CCGAGACUCCCCAGAUGCCUCUGGAUCCCUAACCACCAGAAGUUCCAUUUUACCAUCAAAGAGGAAACUGACCAAAGAUGUUGAAAAUGCUGUGUGAACUUCAACUGAUGAUAGCUUAGAUACCCAUGAGCCUCUGCUUCAGCAUCAGAAAAACGGGGUAAACACCUCAUUUGUCUGUUAGGAGCCUUGGCAGAGGUGAGUGAAACAUGCCUGUUGCUAUGGAGAAACACCUGACUAAGGAAACUUAUAGAAGAAAGGGUUUAUCUAUCGGGCUUGCUGUUUUGGAUGGUUAGAGCUCGUGACCACCCUGGUGGGAGGCAUGGCAGCCGACAGGCAUGAUCCUGGAGCCGUGGCCGAGAGCUUACAUGAUAAUAGACACAAAAGAUGGAUCACGCGGUUGUCACUACCAAAAGUGGACUUUGGAGCGAACGGAAAAGGAGUCACAGAAAUCCUUAAUCCCCGGUCACCGGCAAAAGACGACAUCAGGCAGAAAGGGGAAGAAGGUGCCGCCGCCCACACCAACACCAUUGUCACAGAAAUGGAAACGGGACCGCAAACAGUCUCUGGAGUCAGCUUAUGUCCCCGUGGUGGUGGAUCCUCGCGGGCAGGAGCCAGACAGUAGUUUCAGGUUCAAUUUCUACAACUCACAGUAUUCCAACUCUCUCAAUCCCUUCUACACCCUGCAGAAACCCACCUGUGGUUACCUGUACCAGAGAGAAACUGACCACACACGGAAAUGCUUUGGCAUUCCUCCCGCAAACCUGGUCUUGUGGCGCAGCACCUACUAAAUCCAAGGCAUCUGGAAGUCCCCACCCUGCACCUUCACUCUGUGGUCCUGGGUCCCAGAGGGAAAAGUCAUUCAUUCCUGGAGAAGCGGCGUAUACCUGGGCUAGCCAGGUAUGCUGUGACAGCUGAGGGAGGCCUCUUCCCAAUAAACUUCAGUCCUUCUUUUUUUCUGGCA